GGUCGUCCCAAUGUUUGAAAUGAUAGGCGAGACAGGCGGUUGAACUCAUAACAAACACCUGAGCUAGUUUACAGCAAUUUCAUCUUAAAGACUUGGCUUGGGCAAGUGCGAACAAUGUCCACGUUACAAGGAUCACAUGUCAAAGAAGUAAGUGCACCUGUGAGAACUCCUCUCAGAGAUGUGCAAAAUGAACUCCUUGCCUCCCAGCAACAGACCCACAAGAACAAAUCACUCAUACUGUCUGAAAGAACUACAUCUGAAAAAAAGGGUCCCAUCACAAGUUGCCACUCAGCAGAGCACUAUGUUGAGGAUACCACUAGUGAGAUGCAGAAGAUCCAUUGUGCUCCCGAAUCUACCAAUGAGACCUCACAAAUGGAUCCUUCUAGCAGCCCUACGGACGACCAGUGUGCUUUUACCGACCGGGGAGAUAUGACCUACACUUUUUUAGGAGGAGAAAUCCAGCUCUCUGACACAUUAGACACAACAGAUGCCACUCAGGGCAUUCCACUGGACAACAACAGCCAUUCUGUAUGUACUGACAGUGAACUUGAAGAGGGAAAUAUUGAGACCUUUCAGGAUGUCGAGCCCCAUUUUGAUCAUCCCUACUAUCAGGCAGAAAGAAGCACCAUCUCAUCCUGCGAUGUCCCCACUGUUGCUCCAAGUGUCACACACAUGUCUGCUUCCCCAGACAAUCUGACUGCAUCACAUCUACCUGUUACAGACACAGACGGGGUUGGUGACAUCACGUUCAAGUCAUUUGUCUGUUCUGAUGUGGAGAUUGAGGUCUCGGGUACUCCUGAUGAAACAUCUGAGCUUUCAGCUCUUUUGAAGAACCUGACCGUGGAGGGCCAUCAAGCUCUUUCCCAGAGCAAUGGAGGUCUUGAUGAAGGUGCAGAUGUGUUGCUUAAUUGCAGCCAGCAUGUAGAUCAUCCAUAUUGCAAUGUGGAAAACAACACGACCGGGGACCCUGCCGUGUACUUGGGCCAUGAGAGUCAAGCAUUGGAAGAAGACCUUGCGUUUCAGAUGCAUUCUAAAAUCCAUGCAGAGAGCUUACUUUAUUUUGAAGAGGCAAAUACUGAUGCAGGAACAAGUAAUGGACAGAACGGAGACAUCACAUUCAAGUCCUUUAUGUGCAUGGGAGGAGAGGUUGAUAUUUUGGAAGAUGCGUCCAGACUAUCAGAAAAAUCUGUUGUCAUCAUGGAGGAAAAGACGCUAGAAAACAGUGAACCAUCUGUUUUCAGUGUCACUGUACAUGAAGGCGAGACCAGCGCUGCUGUGCCAUCUGGAGAAGGCCAUGCUGAUCAUCCUUACAGUGAGAUCCAGAUGUCGUUUGUUUGUGAUUCCCCCGCAAUUGAUGCAUCGUUGGAGAUCCCCGUUGUUGCAGAGAAGGCAAUGGAUGAAGAGAGUUGUAGUGAUCAGAUUAUUAACAGAGAAGAGAGUGCAGUGCUGUCAUAUGUCCAAGACACCAGCAGCUGCACCAAUGAUGUUUCUGCGAAGAGUUCUGCACCGGUCACUCAAGUCAACGUGAUGACGGCAUCACCCGCUGGCUCCCAGCAUGCACUGCAGGAGAGUGCAGUGCUGUCAUAUGUCCAAGACACCAGCAGCUGCACCAAUGAUGUAUCUGCGAAGAGUUCUGCACCGGUCACUCAAGACAACGUGAUGACGGCAUCACCCGCUGGCUCCCAGCAUGCACUGCAGGAGAGUGCAGUGCUGUCAUAUGUCCAAGACACCAGCAGCUGCACCAAUGAUGUAUCUGCGAAGAGUUCUGCACCGGUCACUCAAGACAACAUGAUGACGGCAUCACCCGCUGGCUCCCAGCAUGCACUGCAGGAGAGGAGCAGUGGUGACGACAGCGCUCUGGGGUCGUCCUCAGACCCCUUCCAGGCUUUUGAAGGCGAACCAGAGGAGCUGCGCCGGGACAGCCCCCAGCCUGCGCUCGGAGAAACUCUGUCUGUUCAGUUCCAGGAGCUCUCUGCCCCCUCCACCCCGAGAGCCUCCUUCUUAUCCAGGAGCCUCCUGCUGGACCCUCCGGACGACGAGCAGGACAGCCGGCUUUGGGCCGGAGCCCUGGACAGCCCCCUGCCGCCUCCACAGCUCAACUCCACGGCCCUGCCCUCCAGCCUCAUCUGCAUGUCAGUUCCCCCCUCUCCCUCUCCGCCUGCCCAGACCCUACGAGUCGCUCCAGAGCCGCCCACGGGGCCUUCAGCUCCCCAUGUGGUCCAAUGGCUGACGCCCCAGGUCCUGCUCGGGGGCGGGCCGCUGCAAGAGCAGAUGAGGCAGAUGGCAGAGCUGCUCAUAGCGGCGUCGGGGAAGCACCCCACCACCCCGGUGAACCAGCAGAGUGCGUGUGUGGGGACGUCGCCUCUCAAGUGUGCGGAGCGCAGCAUGAACACGUCGGUGGUGCCGGAGGUGGAGGUUCCCGUGGCGGACGUUAGUACCAGCACGGACUCUCUGCUCUGGAAUCUGAGCCCUGGUUCUCUGGAGUGUCUCCCGAGAGCAGAGCUGGAGCAGAGGCUCACCUCCUACCUGAUCAUGUCCGAGGCUCUGCUGCAGCAGGUGGCCUCUGCCCGCGCUCAGCCCCCCAGCUCAGGCCCCGCGCCCUCUGACCUGCGCGACAAACUCAUUCAGACCGACCACACGGAGCUCAGCCAGAUGGAAACCUACAAAGAUCUCUAUGUUGUCGCCCUGGACAAGAUUCAGUCUCUUCAGCUGGAUCUCCACGAGCUUGAGAGUUUACGGCACAACAUGCAAGCCACGUCAUCCAAUAUGGUGGCCAUCAAGACCGAUACUGAGGAGGCUUUGAGCAGCAUGAAGGAUAUUGGCGAUAUUGUCAGUGAAGAUCAAAAGGACAUGUCGAAACAGAUGUCUCAGAUGAAGUCGCUGUAUGGCAAGUGUCGGGAGACCCUGAGGAAGAUGCAGCAGAAGACCAGAGACUGCCUUGAGCAGAGGGACGACAUGAGGAGCAGAAUGGACGAGGCCCUGCAGGCCAAAGAGGCGGCCUUCAGCGUGGUGGAGCAGCUGCGGGGUCACAGUGCCGCCCGGCUGGCAGAGCUGGAGGAGAGUGUGGGCUCUCACCAGCAGCUCAGAGAGGCCCUGAGGCACUCCUGCCCCCUGCAGGCGGCAUUAAACAAAGACUACGUGGAGACUCUCGCUGAAGCAAAGGAGCUUUUGAAGGCCACGUUGGAGGACCAUGCCAGUUUGCAGGAGGAGUUGGGGAGAGCAAGGCACCUCCUGCAGAGGACCAGGCCUGUGCUCCUGCGCCUCCACCAGAGGGCCUCCGACGCCGUGGACCAGAGUGAGCUGUGCCAGCGCGAGAGGGAGCAGGCCCUGGAGGACCGAGACCAGAUCCAACAGGAGCGGGAGCAAACACAAGAAAGUCUUCAGGAUGCAGGGCGACUGAUUGGAGACUUGAACACUCAGCUGACUAUCUUGAAUGCAGAGAUGACAGUGUUGCGGCAGCAGCUGGAGGAGGUGGAGGAGGAGCGCGACCAGCUGCAGAGGCGCAGCACAGAACUCUCUGCCACCGUCACCUCCACCAUGGCCUCCUACGCCUUCCUGGAGCAGGCCCUGGGCAGCGAGACCAAGAAAAUGCAACAGUCAAUGCAUGAAGCCCAGGAAACCAGAGAAAGAGCCAGUGGUCUGGAGCAGGCUCUGGAGGCCUCCCAGGGGGAGGUGCUGGGGCUAACCGAAGCCCUGGCCCAGAGGGACGGCCUGGUGAGUGAGCUCCGUGCCCAGGCCGAGGUCCACACUGCCCAGCUCCGCCAGCUGCAGAAGCUCAAGGUCGAGCUCUCCAGCUCCAAGGAGAUGAAUGAGUUCCUGCAGAUGGAGAACGAGCUGACGCAGGAGCAGAUGUCCGAGAGCGAGGGGAUGCUGCGCACCCACCUGCAGGGCCUGAGGGAGAGGAACCUGGAGUGUGAGGACCUCAAGCUGGCCCUCUCCCAGCUCAGGCAGGAGCGGGACUCCCUGGCGGAGGAGCUGGACAGCACCAGCACCAGUGCCCGAGCCAUGCUGCUGGAGCAGGGCGAGCAGCUGGCCCAAGCCUCCAAACACGUCACCAUGCUCCACCACCACAUGCACUGCUUCACCAGCACCCUGGAGCUCGCCCUCUCCGCUCAGGCACCAGAGGCCUCUACGGAGGACGAGUCUCCUGAGCAGCCAGCCUCAUUUGUGGACUCCAUCUUGAAGGCCAUCACCCAUGAGGAGGAGCAGCAGCCGUCUAGCAAGACCUCUGCUGACACAGCAGUGGAGGAUGAGCCUACGGAUGGAUUGGGCAGCACGCGCAGUGCCUUCUCCCGUGUGCCAUCCACCACCCCCAGAAAGGAGCGAGCAGCGCAGGAGAGCUCAGUGGUGCAGGUGGUGACGGAGCUGACGGAGAUGUUCACCAAGCUCACCACCACCAUCCAGCAGCUUCAGCAGCACCAGGACACCGAUCAGGAGAAACUGCACAAAGCCAAGGAGGAGUUGCAGGAGCAGCUGCGUGAGGAGGCCCACAGGCACCGGCAGCAGGAGCAGGAGCUGCGGGAGCAGCUGCAGCGGCUGCAGGCGCAGGUGGAGAAGGACGCCGCCGCCCUGCAGCAGAAGGCCCAGGACGAGAAGACACUGAACAAGUUGUGCGGUGAGAUGGACAAGAACAUGGAGCAGGCCCAGAAACAGCGAGCAGAGACCAUGGAGCUGCGGAGGGAAGGGGCGGAGUUACGGCAGGCGCUGCAGCAGUCUCAGGUGGAGGCUCAGGCCCUGAAGGAGGAGCUGAACCGAGCUGUCGGCCAAUCAGCUCCCAGCACCAAGGCCAUGGAUGAGAGGAUCCGCCUUCUAAAAGAGGUGGAGAAACUGAAGCAGAGUCUGGCUCAGGCGGAGGAAUCCCGGUCCAAGCUUAUGGAUAGAGCUAAGAGACAUCAAACGGUCCACGUGAUGAAUCAGACCAAGCUGGAGCGAGAGCUGCAUCUGCUGGACGACAUGAUCGAGACCGUCAGGAAGACCAUGAUCUCCGUGCCACAUGUGGUGAAGAACUGUGUGGAACUGCAGAAACUGGUGGAGUUUCUUGGAUGAAGAUGUACAUAAAAGAAGGAUUUGUUUCAGUGAUGGGGAUUGUUUUUUUUUAACCUAAACAUUAGAUGAAUAAAUAAAGUUGUUUUUUUAAGGGAAAGAUUUCCGG